CUUAGAGUCCUGCGCCCACACCACACGCGAGGGGCUGUGAGUACCUUCACGGACCUCGAAGACGCGUGUCUAACCAUAGCAGCCUGCCUGCUUCACUACAAGCAAGGCACUUCACGUGCAAAUUGGGCGUUGAGGUUUCAGAGCAGUAGAUAGUCUGCCUUUGGAGAAGGGGGUCCUCUCCCCAAUCAUGUUCGCGCUACACAAAGCCUUCGAGCAAUCUACCAAGUCUGUUCAAGAUGCAGCCCAAGCUGAGAGACAGCGGCGGACCCAAUUGUCGCAACAGAGCGGGGCCACACGUCUGGCUACCUCCUCGCCAGCUGGGGGCCUACUCACACCCCAAGCCGGCGAACUUCAGCUCUCCAGUCCCGCUUCGCAUCUGACAGCAAAGCCCCUACCCAGAAGUUCGAGCAUGCUCGCUGUAGAUGUGUCCUCUCUGUCUCUGCAAGAUCCUCCGCAAAGCCCCUCUACUCUACGGUCCCCAAAUGGACUGAGGCCUCCCGGCCCAGCUCCUACCUCGCAGCUUCCAGCUGUUCCGCCCGGUUCCGGAAGCAGCCCUCUCUCGUCCAGCUCUCGAGUCCCUAGUCUCCGAAGACCCUUUUCCCCAGCCAUGAUGCAGCAACAGCGAUAUGGAGUGCAGCGAACAGAUGGCUCACUAGUGACGCCCACAAGUUUGAGUGAGGCCAGUGCAUCUCCAUCCCGACUCUCUUCGACGCAAAGCCCACCUGAUUUGCUGAGCCAGCGCACCGGCUCACAGGCCGCUGAGACCCGCGAAGAUGUCUUUGCAGGCAGCUCGAGCCAUGCAACCUCACCCAGCGAAACACGUUCCAGAAGCCCCAUGCCAUCAUCCUCUCGCCUUCAAGUGCCGAGCUAUGACGAAGAUGGACCACAGAGAUCAGCUUCACCUCUCAGCUUCCGCCGUGGAUCUCGAACGGGAGACUCAGAGAUCUUGCAGGACUCUUCCUCCAGACCUUCGAGUCCAGCGGAGCCCAGACCCUCUUUCUCUAGUGGAUCGCGCUUCAGGCUGUUCGGCAGGAAGAAGCGAGAUGAAAGCCCUCAUGCAGGCAGCGAUGCUUCCAGACUCGAGAGUGGCGCUCGAGAUGACUCCCCUGAUUGGGUAGGCCGAGGCAAGGGUGACUCACAGGAAGGUGGGGUGAGUCGUCCAUCCCAGGACUCUAGGGGUCGGCCUUCAACAUCAUCUUUAUCGCGGAGUCCCUUGAAUGGCAACGAAGGUCGCCAGGCGGCUGCCGCUAUGCUGCCAUCUGGCGGCGGCAUGGGCAGGUCCUCAUUGAGUCAUAGUACUGAUUCGCACGCAGAAGGCUCCCACCAUGCGGGGCUGGACAGCAAAGAUCGACGCUCACCUGCCGGGAACGCCGGCGCUGCCGGCGCCGCAUCCUUGGAAGUUCCGCACUCGUCGACGGACUCAGGGGCUUCUGCCCGAAGGUUCUCGUUUGGCUUUCUGUCAUCUGCAAUUCACUCGGGACGCAGUCCCAAUAGUGGCUCUACGGACAGCAAUGCUUUCGAUCCGUCCGAUCUGAACAGUGCUCCGCCCGCUGUCAAUCGCAGCGAGUCCAGACACCUGCCGGAACCUGUGCAGGGUGCUGCCAGCAAUGACGCCCCGCCUGCUGACAGCAGUAAGGCAUUCAACACCAGCUUUGCGGAGAGCAGUGGUCGCGCUGCCCCUCCCUUGACUCCCAGCAGGCUCUCUUUCUUUGGAGGUGGCAACUCAUCUGGUCCACAGGUUGCUGCGAUGGCUUCGCCCGGUGCUACGACGCCAUUGUCGGCUAGCAAUUUUGAGGCACAGCUGGGGAGACAGCCAGAGACAAAUCCUUCGUUGCCGACAGACGCCCGCUCUUCACCGGACAUUCAGCAGCCCGGGAGCCGCGCAGCUCCAUCCAAGGUUCUGCACUCUUUCCGCAGUCGGUCAUCGAAUAAUCUCAGGAUGUUCGGUCGGUCUGCGACGAAGCCUAGCGAGCCUUCUCCUGCGCAGGGCCGUGAGCGUGCGCCUGCGAACAGCAUCGAUGGCGGUUCAAGCAGGCAACAACGCGGCCUUGGCGAUGGCUCUCGUCUUGCCGUUCCUAACGCCACCCUCUCUUGGGCUGCCGCACCACUCGCCGUUGCUCCACCCCGACCAAACUCAUCUACUACGUCUUCUCAGUCGUCUAGUAGAAUGGGGAGGGUCUUUUCCAAGCGAAGACCUGCCACUGGCCCAGACAGUCUGUCCGAGCAAGACUUGGCCAUCGACGGCGGAAGCAAUUCUCGCAUCUCGCCCGCUGUUAGCCGAAGCUCUCUUGCUGUCGAGGACGGUUCAGCGCCUGGUAUGAGUGCCCGCUUGCGCAGCGCUUCCACAGCGAGCUCGGUCGUCUUGCCUGGUGGGCUGCCGACUACACCCGGUCCUCAAACGGGAGACAAAUCUAAGUUGAGUGCCUCAGGCGGCGCUGCUGGCUUGUUUGGAUCUUCUUCCGAUUCGAGGCCCAGAUCGGCCAGUAAGCCUACAAGGAGCCUUUUCGGAGGUAGCAGUGGUAACAAUGGCGGAUCAACUUGGCUGACUCCUCGCAAAAAGACCGUACCCGAGUUCGACAUGGUGAGCCCGAUGCCUAAAUUGGAGCGCAACAACUCCGACUUUGCAGCCAUCACUGCUUCACGAUCGCGGCCUGGUGAUCUGAGUGAUGUGCCCGAGCAGUCUCAAGCGCUCAACGACCCACAGCCCGAAGAGAAGCUCAAGCCUUCCAGAUAUCCUCCUCUUGACCGAGAAAGUCCGCAGAAGUAUUGCGAUCGUCUCGAGAGGACUAUUAGCCCAGGAGACGUUGUCACGGUCUUGGCGAACAGUGGCGAUCCCUUUUACGUCGAAGCCUUGCGGUGCCACAUGCGCAAGUUCCUCUUCGUUGGCAAUCCUCUCGACAUUGCUCUGCGCAAGAUGCUCAUGGAGGUGUGUCUUCCCAAAGAGACUCAGCAAAUCGAUCGAGUCAUGGAGGCUUUUGCUCAACGCUACAAUGAAUGCAACGAGGGUCUCUUCGCUUCUGCUGAUCAGCCCUACAUCCUGGCCUUCUCGUUGAUGAUGCUGCAUACAGAUGCUUUCAACAGGAACGCGAAGAACAAGAUGAGCAAGGCAGACUAUGUCCGCAACUCAUCAUCGUCCGGUGUGGCUCAAGACGUUCUCGAGUACCUGUAUGAUAAUCUGACCUUUACUCAAUUCGUCUACACUAACGAAGUGGACAGUGGGUCGCCAACUGAACCAAGUGGAAUCAGGAGCGCGCCGGCUGCCUCUGCUUCGUCAGGCUUCCUCACGAGGGGCGCAAAUGGGGCGCCCUCUUCGGCGCGAGACAAGAAUGGCAAGAUCGACGUCUACUACUUGAUCAAGCAGGGACGUCUUAGCGAGUUCCGGCCCUGGAUCGAACACCUCAUUCCUGAGGAUGAUCCUUACAGUUGGACGGGAACGGAGGGCAAUCUCGACGUUGCCUUCCUCACUGAGACGUACAUGGCAUCCCCUUCAAUUGAGAUCAGCACACAGCGACGGCCUUCACUCAUGACGACAUCUGCCGGACCUGCGCCAACCGUUGACUAUAAUGGCGCGCUGGACAGUGAUCCGAGUGUGACACUGCGCAUCUUCAAGGUUGGCAUCAUCAACAGGAAGGAUGAUGUUGCUGAGAAGGGCAAGAGGACUUCUCGUAAGUGGAAGUCAUGCGGAGUGAUCUUGAGCAGCUCGCAAUUACUCUUCUUUCGUGAUCUGGUCUGGAUCGAUGCUCUCAAAGCGCAGAUGGCUGAGCAAGUGGCGGCUGCUAGUCCUGAGGAGCGCAAGCUUGGUAUAGUGAUCACGCCGCGUAUUCGGGACCUUAAGCCCGAUGAUGUCUUGUCCUUGAGCGAUGCAUUGGCCAUCAGCGAUGACACGUACGACAAGCACGACAACGUUUUCCGCCUCAUCAACCAGCAAGGCAACAACCAGCUAGAAUACCUCUUCCAAGCCAAGAGCGAGGAUGCGAUGAAUGACUGGAUUGCGGCCAUCAACUUCUGCGCUUGCUUCAGAGCGGCUGGCCUGAGAGUCACGGAACUCGACGCGGCGGUGUUCGACGAUCCGUACGGUGAAGAGCUGCAACGUGAUGGCAUGUACAAUGGCUUCGGUCCAUCAGCUUCGCCACAAGAGCAGCGUGCGACCAGUCAGCCACUGUACUCAACCACUGGACAGUCCAUGCCUUCCGAAUUGAUGCUCAGCAGGAUGGCUGCUCGCAGGCAGGAGAUGUUGCCCCGACUGCGGGGAAUUAGCAAGGCGCACAAGGAUCACGCUGCAGAGCUCGCGGAGCUACUCCGACUGGCUAAACAUUUCGCUAUCAUGACGCCGUUUCAGCGGGCAACAAAGGACAGGAUCGAGGCAGCUUCUGUGCCACUAGCAGCUCGCAUCAGGCAGCUGCGCGUCUUGGUCGCCAAGUUCGAGAGCAGACAAUACAUCCUUGCCUCAGAGUUGCGAGCCGCCGAAGAGCACGAAAAGAAGUGGACGGGUAAGCACAGCGGGGCCAAGUUCGGCAAUUGGAACUUUUCGCCAGGGAGAAAGUUCAGCGUUGGCGAGAUCGGUGGCAACACCUUCCCUCCUACUUCACCCCAGUCUCAGCGUGCUGUCAGUGGAGGUCAUCCAGGCUCGAGGAUUGUCCAGGAGCGAAAGGCUUCUUGGCGCUCACAGGCAAGCAGCGAGCUUGACUCAGUGGGCCCUAUCUCGCCAAUCCUCGAUCCACUUACCGAGGAUGUAGCAGUCCAUGGAAUGCCUCUUCGUCCAAUCGUGUCGCCAAGUGCAUCAUUGGGCGGCGGCGCCGGAUCUGCUCCUCGCGCAGGGAUCGCUUCCUUUGCUCCCGGCAGCUAUGACAGCGACUAUGCCGCUUCCAUCACAUCCGUCGCUUCCCGUUCGAGGGUGGGCAGAAGGAGGAGCAGUGGUAACAAUCCCGUACGUCGCAAGGGCUCCGAUGUCCGUGGGGGAGACAUUGCCGAGUCCUGGGAAGCAACCAAGGCGUUCCGAGACCCAGAUCGUAUCACGAUUGCUCAAUUGCCCGACCUGAGUACAAUCGAGUUAGUGACCAGGAAGAAGGCCCUCCAUCGGGCCGCCUUGGACAAUGCCAAUGCGCAAGGGGGAGACGAUCUAGAUGCUAUUCUCAAUACUCCUUCGUCUUCGCGCAAGAAUAGAAAGGCGAGCGAAGGGAGUGCCUCUGGCUUGACGAGAGGUGGAAGGAUGCGAUCUGGAUCCGUCUCCAAUUCCAUCUCGAGUGGCAGCGGUAGUGCCUCUCUUCCUCAAGCGCCCCUUGAUCCUCCGGCCUUUAUGAUGAGCUGGGGCACGUAAUACGUCGAGACGUCAUAAUGGACGGAAGUCACCGCCCGAGCCCUACCUGUCACCUUUUUCACAAGUGUCAUUAUGACUUUUUCAUCAGUGGUCCCUGUAUCAGACUCUUUCCUUUUUUUCUUCACUGUAUGAUAUGUAUCGAUCUUCACGUUGUAUGACAUCUAU